AUGGGAUUUGCAGGGACCGUCGAUAGAUGCAAUGCUUGCAAUAAGGUUGUUCAUUUCAUUGAUUAUAUGACCGUCGAUGGCGUCAUUUAUCAUAAAUCGUGCUUCAAAUGCACGCAUUGCAAAGGCAAUCUUGUGAUGUACAACUACUCCUCCAUGGAUGGAGUCCUAUAUUGCAAGCCCCAUUUCGAACAACUAUUCAAAGAAACUGGAAAUUUCAGCAAGAAUUUUCGUACAUCAAAACUGAAUAAAGAAAAUUCAACGGCACGUGCUCCACACAAAUUCGCAUCUUUCUUCACGGGCACCCAAGACAAAUGCCCUGCCUGUCACAAAACUGUUUAUCCUCUCGAACAGAUUACGAUGGAAGGUGAACCGUACCACAAACGUUGUUUCAGGUGUGCUUAUAGGGGUUGUCCUUUGACGCACUCCUCAUAUGCUGCCCACAACAGCGUUCUUUACUGCAGACACCAUUUUUCGCAACUCUUCAUGGAGAAAGGCGAUUUCGCUCAUGUUCUGAAGGCUGCAAACCGCAAGAACAAUGAAAAUGAACAAGCAGAGAAGGCACCUGAAGAUGAAACCAAGCAAGCAUCUGAUGAAUAG